AUGUGCGCCGCCGAGGUGGACGCUCACGUAGCGCGGAGAUUCCGGCUGCAGCGGCGGCUGGGCAAGGGGGCCUAUGGCAUUGUUUGGAAGGCAGUGGACCGGAGCACCGGCGAGGUCGUGGCCAUCAAGAAGAUCUUCGAUGCCUUCAGAGACCAGACAGAUGCCCAGAGGACCUUCCGGGAGAUCGUGCUCCUGCAGGAGUUUGGGGGCCAUCCCAACAUCAUCCGCCUGCUGGACGUGAUCCGAGCCGAGAACGACAGGGACAUCUACCUGGUGUUUGAGUCUAUGGACACGGACCUGCACGCGGUCAUUGAGAAGGGCACGCUGUUGAAAGACGUCCACAAACGCUACAUCUUCUACCAGCUCCUGCGGGCCACGCAGUUCCUCCACUCGGGCCACGUUGUCCACCGGGACCAGAAGCCAUCCAACGUCCUGCUGGACGCCAACUGCCUGGUGAAGCUCUGCGACUUUGGCCUGGCCCGGUCGCUGAGCAGUGUCCCCGAGGGGCCCGAGGCCCAGCCGCUGACGGAGUACGUGGCCACACGCUGGUACCGGGCGCCGGAGGUGCUGCUGUCCUCACACUGGUACACCCCGGGGGUGGACAUGUGGAGCCUGGGCUGCAUCCUGGGGGAGAUGCUGCGAGGGCGGCCCCUGUUCCCAGGCACGUCCACACUGCACCAGCUGCAGCUGAUCCUGGAGGCCGUCCCCCUGCCCUCCGAGGAGGAUCUCCUGGCUCUCGGCUCAAACUACAGCUCCUUGGUCCUGCACCAUCUGGGGUCCCGGCCUCGGCAGCUGCUGGACACCCUGCUGCCACCGGACACCCCGCCGCAGGCCCUCGAUCUCCUCCGGCGACUGCUGGUGUUCGCCCCAGAUAAGCGCCUGAGCGCCGCGCAGGCCCUGCAGCACCCCUACGUGCAGAGGUUCCACUGCCCCGGCCAGGAGUGGACACGGGACGCGGCCUUUCAGCUCCCGGUGCCUGCAGGGGUCCAGCUCUCUGCGACCGAGUAUCGCAACCGGCUCUAUCAGAUGAUGCUGGAGCGCAGGGGCAGCGGCGGCCUGUGGGGCGCAGCCCCUGAACCCGGAGCAGCCCCGCAGCAGCCGGGACUCAGGCGUCGGAGCAGCGGCGGUCGCGCGCCCGAGCGCGAGGCCCCCCACGCCGCCACGAGCGUCUCCCGGCAGCGCCCCGCACCCCUGCUCCAGCUUCCACCCCCGGGGAGGCGGGCUCGGCCCCCUGGGCCGGCGGCGGAGGCCCCCUUGGCACCAGCGGGGGUGGUAAGUCGUGCGGGGAGGCCGGCGCCCUCCCUGUCCGCGCAGGCUGUGGCCCAGGCGGCCAACCGGGCCCUGAUCCGCAGCGACCAGACGCGGGUCAGCGGGCUGCGGGCCGCUGGUGCGCGCCGCGCGACGCAGGCCCCUCCCAGGGAUGCCCCGGGGCCUCGGCCGGGCCGCAGGAUGCUGGGCACCUCCGCGCUACAGGGUGCCCAGGGCGCCGCCAGGGCUGCGCUCGGGGGCUACUCCCAGGCCUAUGGCACAGUCUGCCGCUCGGCACUGGCCCGCCUGCCCCUGCUUCCCCGCCCUGCACCUGAGCCGCUGCGCGGGAACUCCCGGGCCUGCUCCACGCUUCUUCCCAACCCAGUCCCGGCCACCCUCCAAUAAAGUCAUGUCCCCAGA